CAUAAACCAUGUUCAUAGCUCCCUCUCAUGACCAUUGAAUGAAUACUAUACAAGCCUCCUUUAUUCUCGCUGUUGUAUUCAACUAACAGCUCACUGGUUAAGUUUUAAUUGCUUCCAAUGAGGUCAGCAAAGGUAUUUAUCGAAAAGCCCUGAAUAAAAGGCUCCACACACACAUACACAAGCUCACACGCGCUCACACACACAGAGAAAAUCCUCUUGCCUGUUGAUUUAUGGAAACAAUUAUGAUUCUGCUGGAGAAUUUCUCAGCUGAGAAAUAGUUUGUAGCUACACUAGAGAAGCUCAAGUUGCACAAGGCAGACAACAGACAUGGAAUUCUUGUGUAUCCAGCUGUUAUCAACAGAACAAAAGUCAAGUAGCAAACAGCAUCGCAGCAACUAAGCUUAUUACAACCUGUUUUUAUAAGGAUAUACCAACAGAUUUACUUAAGGAGGAAUUCUAUAUUGUUAUCAGGAACUAAAGGAUAAGGCUAACAAUUUGGAUAGUGCAACUACUCGUUCUUAAAUCCAUCUACAAUUCACAGAUAGGAAGAGGUCAGUGACCUAGGAGCAACGAUCAACUCAAGAUUUAAUUUUCAUUAUGUUAUUCAUGAACACCCGGAGCACUAUACUAUAAUGCGCAAAUGGAUACUGACAUGGAUCCUGCCAAGUUUGCUCUACAGAUCAUGCUUCCACAUUAUCUGUCUGGUGGGCACUUUAUCUUUGGCAUGCAAUGACAUGACUCCAGAGCAAAUGGCUACAAAUGUGAACUGUUCCAGCCCUGAGCGACAUACAAGAAGUUAUGAUUACAUGGAAGGAGGGGAUAUAAGAGUGAGAAGACUCUUCUGUCGAACACAGUGGUAUCUGAGGAUUGACAAACGAGGCAAAGUCAAAGGGACUCAAGAGAUGAAGAACAAUUACAACAUCAUGGAAAUCAGGACAGUGGCUGUUGGAAUUGUAGCAAUCAAAGGAGUGGAAAGUGAAUAUUAUCUUGCAAUGAACAAGGAAGGAAAACUCUAUGCAAAGAAAGAAUGCAAUGAAGAUUGUAACUUCAAAGAAUUAAUUCUGGAAAACCAUUACAACACGUAUGCAUCAGCUAAAUGGACACACAGUGGAGGAGAAAUGUUUGUUGCCUUAAAUCAAAAGGGGGUUCCUGUAAGAGGGAAAAAAACCAAGAAAGAACAAAAAACAGCCCAUUUUCUUCCUAUGGCAAUAACCUAAUCAUAUAUGGCAUAUAAGAAACCAGUUCCAGCAGGGAGAUUUCUUUAAGUGGACUGUUUUCUUUCUCUUUUUCUUUCCUUUCCUUUUUUUUUUUUUUUUUUUUUUUUUAAAGUAACCAUGAAAGGCUGGAAAACUACUGAAAAACUGAUCAAGCUGGACUUGCGCGUUUAUGUUUAUUUUAAGAGACUGCAUUAAAGAAAGAUUUGAAAAAUAUACACAAAAAUCAGAUUUAGUAACUAAAAGUUGUAAAAAAUUGUAAAACUGGUUGUACAAUCAUGAUGUUAGUAAUAGUAAUGUUUUUUCUUAAAUUAAUUUACCCUUAAGAGUAUGUUAGAUUUGAUUAUCUGAUAAUGAUUAUUUAAAUAUUCCUAUCUGCUUAUAAAAUGGCUGCUAUAAUAAUAAUAAUGCAGAUGAUGUUAUAUAAGAUGUGUCAGACCUAAAGGCUGCUGGAAUGACUUGUCAGAUAAUCAACCCAAUACUAACUAUGGAAGAUGGGCAGUAUUUGAAAUGCUUUCUAGUGAAAAAUUAUGCAAAGAACUCUAAGUAGAAAAGAAGGAAUGUUCUCAAAAAUUCUAUUAUGGAAUUGAAUCAAAUAAGCAGUUUUACAAAAGCUUAGGUGUAAAACAUGCUUGUACCUAUCAACAAGAAUGACAUUCUUAACACUGCUCAAAUUGAAAGGGUAUUGCUUAAAGGAUGUUUUCAAAAAUCUUAUAUGUAAAAUAGCAAUAAUGAUGAUAAUACUGUACUUCAUCUCACUCACCACAAAAUAACAUUUUAUAAUUCCUAAAAGCAAAUUCAAAAACCUUUUACUUUUUUUUUCAAGUAACGUAAUCUAUCUUUUGUAUUAAUUCAUAUUCGGGACUAUGGCUUUUAAUAAUGUUCUUCCCACAAAUAAUCAUGCUUUUUUCCUGUGGUUACACCAUUAAACUAUAUUUUAAGUUGUAUUAGAA